AUGGGACACAGCGAUUGGCCUCGACUGGUCCCGGCCGGGCCCGAUCCACGCCCGUCUGUCUCAUCGCUCCGCCCUCCGCCGGUGCUCUCGCUCGCUCAUCGACGCGGAUCCCGCCCUUGCCUGGGCCCGGAACGCGACGCAGCUCGGCGUUCCACGUCGCUCUUCCGGCGCAGAUCAACGCCGCUCGAGGCUGCCUCCAACCCGCGGGCUAUAUAUAGAGCAACUCGCGGGCCCAUCCCCUCCCUCGUGCCUGUCCACGGCCCCGCAUCGACGCUGUGCUCCUCGCUCGUUACCGAAGCCAUCCCCAUCGCGCGCUCGUUUUCUCCCUGA